AUGUUCCAAAGAAAAGUCUAUCGUAACUUGUCUAUUGCGAGAGCUUUUCGAUUUGCCGUAUUGUUCGUGCAGCAUAACUAUAACAUAACAUUUGUAGCUGCGGUCAAGAUAGAUCGUUCGGGGUGCCCUGGCAUUUGUGGCCCGCAGGCCGCGACCACUUCAACCCUGUCGUUCUCAAGCUUCCGGAAUUCCUUCACCACCAAUGUCAAUUACCUGAAACGAAGAUUCAGCUCCGGUGAUCUUCAGUCGGAGUGCGAUGAAGGGGAGGUCGACCCCUACACCGGCCGCCCGGCCACCACCAGCCAGCCCAAGCCGCAGCAGAGGCCCGUCUCCCAGGCGACUGGUGGUAGCCUCGGGAGCGGUUCAGCACCACCAGCGGCGGCAACGGCUGCCCCAGCGACGUCUACUGCGGUCACUGCUGGUUCCGGAGACCUGUCAUUGAAUCUCCAAAGAGGGUCUAGAGGAACAUCAGCCCCUUCGUCACCAGCGAAAUCGAGGGAAUCUCUCUUACAACGCGUUCAAUCUUUAACUGGUGCGGCGAGGGAUCAAGGCGCCAAUUUAUUGGGGAGUGUGACAUCUGUGGCGUCCGUCGGUCGCGGGUACAAUCGGGACCGCUGCGUCACUUUGCUGGUCGUGGACGAUCAGAACACGGACUGGUCGAAAUAUUUCCGCAAUCGCCGACUACCGGGAGAGUGGGACAUUCGUGUGGAACAAGCCGAGUUUAGAGAACUGACAGUGACAGCGAAUUCAGAUGGCACCAAUGUGUCUAUGGCGGUGUACCGCGGCGGCACCAAAGUUACUCGAUGUUUCAAGCCAGAUUUCGUGUUGGUGAGACAAAACGUGCGCGACGCAGGCUCAGACCAUCGUGCAUUACUGCUGGGGCUUAAGUUUGGAGGCGUUCCAUCUGUCAACAGCCUUAACUCAAUUUACCACUUCCAGGAUCGACCCUGGGUAUUCGGACAUCUUCUUCAAUUACAGCGACGUUUGGGGCGUGAGAACUUCCCACUUAUUGAACAAACUUACUACCAAAACCACACCGAUAUGGUAAGUCCUAUCAUAAGUUUCGAUGUGUGUCAAGUUUGCCUCAAAAAUAAGUUUAAGAUCUAA